AUGCCCUGCCGCGGCGUGACCACGCAGGGCAAGCCGUGCGCCAUCUCGUUCGGCCUCGACGCCGACGGCUACUGCAAGUAUCACGCGCGUGACGCUGCGCAGUGUCUCGGCAUCGCCCGCACCUCGGGCCAGCGCUGCCGAGUCAAAUGGGACCUCGACGAGGCCGGCUACUGCGCGCACCAUCGGUCUCAAGCGCCGGUGCCUCCCGUCUCCGCCACCCCCGGCGCGUGUCAUGGCGUGACCAAGCGCGGCUCGCCGUGCUCCGUCACGUGGAAUCUGGACGCCGACGGCUUCUGCAAGUACCACGCGCCCAACGCCAGCCAGUGCAAGGGCAUCGCGCGCGCCUCUGGCCGCCGCUGCAAGGUCAAAUGGGGGCUGGACGCCCGCGGCUACUGCCAGUUCCACCAGCGGGUGGACGCCCCCGUCACGGGACAGUGCGCGGCCGUGCUGCCCAAUACAGGACGGCGCUGUCCCCAGACGGUGGGGAUCGAUGCCGACGGGUUCUGCACAGCUCAUCGCGUCGUCAAGACGGAGCUGCCGCUGUGUAUGGGGGUGCUGCCGGGCUCGGACCAGCGCUGUAGGAAUAACGCGAAGACAGGGUACGACUACUGCUGCGCGGCGCACGACCCCAAGUUCGCGGCGUCUUUUGUGCCUCCGAGUCUGUUCAACGACCCGGGACUCAGGAGCAGCGUGGAGGCGGAUAUCGUCAAGAAGUUCAAGGGGCGGGACCUGUACCAUGGAGACAAGCUGGACUUGAAUACCGUGGGGGCAGUGGAGCUGGACCAUAUUCUAGAGAAGCAGUGCUUCGCGUACGCCUUCCAGCGCGUUGAGUUCCGAGCUGGAGAGGAGGAGGCACAGGAUGUGGCGUUCAUGCUGCGGGAGGAGAUCGUCAACGAACUGCCGAAUUUGUGUUUAACGCGCGCGACCACGAACAAGAUGAAAGGGGCCGCUAUCUCAAGGUUCCUCGACGACUCGCUGACGGGCCACCGAGGACUGAAGAUGUUCACGGACUACAUGCUGGCCGAGAAACGCGACGACACUCGUCUCGCGCGAGACGUGACUCGGAGGAUUCGAAGCGAAAUGGGCUCUGCCCUUCGAAGGUGUCAGUGGAAAUUAGCUGACGAGGGGGAAACGCCUGCUCUGGAUGCACUUAGCGCUGAAUUACAGCAGUUAUACGUGGAUAUGGACCUCCACACUUCACAUACUGGCAAGACAAAGCCAAAGACGGCCGUGGCGGUGGAGACCAAGGCUCCAGUAGAAGACAAAGAUGAGGAGUACGUUCUGGUUGACUCAGCGACAGCAGACACCUGGACUGUGGUGGACAUCAAGCGCUCCGUUAAAGUUGAAGUGACUCAGCCCAAGCUAAGCGCGGAUGCAAAGCCGUUCGUACCGGGGGCAGUUCAAUCGGGUUCAAGCUCUAUAGUGGCUGGCGUGGCAGUCGAUCACAUCAAACGCGAGCCAGACAAGGUUAAGAGCGAAAUAAGUGUGAAUAUUGCCUCGGGAAGGGAUAAGGCUGACUGCAUGAAGACGAAUCAAGCGACAAGGACGCCGAAAAGUGAAACGCAGGACAGGCAGCUUGCAUCGGAGCCGUCCCCUGAAGGUGAAAUGAAAGAAGAGAAGAAAACUGCACAGAGGUGA